GCCAAAAGGUGUGUUUUGCUGACCUCAAGCAUCCCUGCUACAAAAUGGCCUACUUCCACGAACUGUCCAGCCGAGUGAGCUUUCAGGAGGCACGCCUGGCUUGCGAGAGCGAGGGGGGUGCCCUACUCAGCUUGGAGAAUGAAGCAGAACAGAAGUUAAUAGAAAGUAUGUUGCAAAACCUGACAAAACCAGGGACAGGGAUUUCUGACGGUGAUUUCUGGAUAGGACUUUGGCGAAACGGAGAAGGGCAAACAUCUGGUGCCUGCCCAGAUCUCUACCAGUGGUCUGAUGGAAGCAGUUCCCAGUACCGAAACUGGUAUACUGAUGAACCAUCCUGUGGAAGCGAGAAGUGUGUUGUGAUGUAUCAUCAACCAACAGCCAAUCCAGGGCUUGGGGGGCCCUACCUUUACCAGUGGAAUGAUGACAGGUGCAACAUGAAGCACAAUUACGUCUGCAAGUAUGAGCCAGAGAUCAACCCAACUUCUCCUGUAGAAAAGACGUAUUUUACAAAUCAACCAGGAGACACCCAUCAAAAUGUGGUUGUUACUGAAGCAGGCAUAAUUCCCAAUCUAAUCUAUGUUGUUAUACCAACAAUUCCACUGCUUUUAUUGAUACUGGUCGCUUUUGGAACCUGCUGUUUCCAGAUGCUGCAUAAAAGUAAAGGAAGAACAAAAACUAGCCCAAAUCAAUCCACCCUGUGGAUUUCAAAAAGCACCAGAAAAGAAAGUGGCAUGGAAGUGUAGAAUACAUUGACUUGGCUCCAGCACAGAAAGUAGAAUUUUAGAAUUCUGGAUCUGCAUAAGGAAUGGCAUCAGAGCAUUAGCUUGGAAUGGCUUGAAAUCUCAGAGGAUCUGCAAGAUGAACUGUAAGCUCCCCCUUGAGGCAAACAUUAAAAUAAUUUUUAUAUGUUUAUUAUUUCAUUUACAAAAUAUGCUGUGCUAAUAAUGGAGUGAGACAUGCUUAUUUCACUAACGGAUGCACCCAAAGUUCAAGUACACGGAAUGGACCAUGCAGAUAAACUUGCUGUCAACACAUCAGAGGAGUGUAUGUGUUGGAGGCAGUUAUUUUUGUUUCUUUCACCUUUCAUAAGUUGUAAUCUAGUUCAUGUAAUGUAAAUUGUACUAAAAUUUACAGUGUGCAAAAAUAUUUUACCUUUACAUAAGUGUUUGAUAAAA